UUUUUGCGUUGGAGGCGCCAUUGUUGUGGCUGAGAGGUGGUGUCCGUUUGAAUUUGUGGGACCUGCCUCAGAUUUGACAUUAGUGCCGUCCUUAUGCAUCACUUUAGAACUUGAGCGUUUAUUUUUUUUUCUAGUGUGGUUUAUAAUGAGGUGUAGUGAUGACUGAGUGUUAGAAAGCUGCAGUGCGAAAAUGUAUCUGAGAAACGCUGACGGGCCUAUCGAUUCGAGCUGAGCCUAGGAAGCCACCUGCCAGGAAACCGGCCUGUCUACUGUGCCGUCUGUCCGGAGCGCUGAUUCUGCGUUCCUGCAUCUUCGUCGCCCCUUCCCUCACCUCCUUCCCGCCCCUUCCCUCACCUCUUUCUCCCAACCCCCUACCUCAACCUCCCCCACCCCCACCUCCCCAGUCCUCGCAUCCUAUCCCCUUUAUUUCCCAUUUAAUCCCUCAGCUUUUCGAGCAAAAGUCAUGGAUCACACUUGCUCCUGAGGAGUAUUGCCGAGGAAAAGGAGGCGCAGCUCUGUUGGUACUAGGGCCUUGUGUGUGUUGUGUAUAUUUUUACUCCACCACUAAUACGAGUGACCUUUUUCGUUUUAAAAAAAACUCCCUCUCAAUCUUAGUUAAAAAAUAAACGAUAUUUAGAGCUGCUACCGAAGACCGUAUUUGUGGGCGAGAUCGUUGGAACAGGAUUUUCCGAAGGAAGGAAGUCAAGAAACAAACGUGGAUCCGAUUCCUUUUAGUUUUUAAAAAAAACUGUGCCGAGACAUACUGCAUUGCGGCUUUGUAAUUAAAAGGAAGAGGGAAAAUAAACUGAAUAUUUUUGAACUCUUUACCUUGGGAAAUAAAUCCUUUGGACUUCGUACAAUUUCUUGGACAUUUAAACUAUACCAUUGACUUUUGAACUAUCCGGUUUAUUAGUGAGUAAAACAGCUAGUAUUUAAUUUUGUGCAAUGUGCAUUUGAAAGCCAGUUAUUUCCUGACUUUACCAUCCAGUAUAGUGUUUUUUAUAACUUGCUUUAAUACUACAAAGUCUAAAUACUUGAAUUUCAAAUAUUAAAUUGUGAAAAAGAGGACUUUUUUGUUUUUGUGUUUUGCAGUGGUAAAAGGGUAAAACUUUUUUGUGGGUAAGGCUUGUCCCAUUCAAAAAAACAAAAAUGUCGUGUGUACAUUACAAAUUUUCUUCUAAACUGAACUAUGACACGGUCACUUUCGAUGGGCUUCAUAUUUCUUUGAGUGAUCUAAAGAAGACGAUCAUGGCCAGAGAGAAGCUGAAGGCGGCAGAUUGCGAUUUACAGAUCACCAACGCACAAACUAAGGAAGAAUAUACAGACGAUAAUGCUUUAAUCCCCAAGAAUUCAUCUGUGAUUAUAAAAAGGAUUCCAAUUGGAGGUGUGAAAUCUGCUGGCAAAACAUUUGUCAUAGAUCGUUCUGAACCAGCAAGUGGAGCAUCGAAAGCAGUAUGUAAAACAAAAAUACAAUCUGAACCUUUUUUUCUUUUCUUGAUUUUACAUCUAAGUUGCCAUUUUGAAAUAGUCAUUAGACAAUGUUAACCAUUUUAAAAAUAGUUUUCCAAAUAAUACAUAAAUUUAAAUAUGCCGUGAUGCGCAUCUUACCAGGGUAUGUUCUGUAAUACCUACAAAAAUGCAUUCGUAGUAUUUAAAAAUACUGAUGGAUAAUAUUUAGAAAUAAUUGCCCAUAUCUGCACAUAUUAUCUGUAUGUGUGACCUGAUGGUGCAAAAUAAUGCACUGUAUUUCACAUUGAAAAUGCGAGUUAAUUUCUGUAUGACUUGAUGUUGUACAGAUCAGUGUAUGAUUUUCAGAGUUUGUGGUUCAACAGUUUGCUUUGGUGAACAUGAAAGUGUUCAUGUGAUGUCUGUCUUUAGUAUUACAUGUGUAUAGGCUAUUAUGUGCAUUCUGUUUAUUCAAAUAAAGAAUGUUUGAAGUGUAUUAUCUUCCA